UUUUGUCAUUUUGUGGUUUUGUGCAAGUGACAAGUGAAAUCAGUGAAUUCAUUUGAUAAAUAUUCGAUUAUUUUCUCAAAAAUGUCGUUUUUCGGGGUGGGAAAUCCUUUUUCUACGCCAGUAGGCCAAAAAAUUGAGCAAGCUACCGAUGGAUCUUUGCCGUCAGAGAACUGGGCGCUGAAUAUGGAGAUAUGCGAUAUUAUAAAUACCAGUACAGAUGCUUCUAAGGAUGCCAUAAAAGCUAUAAGGAAGCGGCUGACGCAGAGCGCUGGGAAGAACUACACCAUAGUGAUGUACACUCUGACUGUCCUGGAGACUUGUGUCAAGAAUUGUGGAAAGAUGUUCCACAUGCUCGUGUGCAGCAAGGAGUUCAUAGGUGAACUGGUGAAGCUAAUUGGGCCAAAGAAUGAUCCUCCAACGGUGGUGCAAGAAAAGGUGCUCAGUUUGAUUCAAUGCUGGGCCGACGCCUUCCAAAACCAGCCAGAAUUGCAGGGCGUAGUACAGGUGUACAAUGAACUGCGGUCGAAGGGGGUGGAGUUCCCUAUGACAGAUCUGGAUGCUAUGGCGCCUAUCUUUACACCACAAAGAAGCGUGCCUGACGGCGUGGAGACAGUAGCUGGGUCUCCGCCGCGCUCGGUGCCGCCGGCCUCGCCCGCGCGGCCGCCGCUCGACGCCGCUGGGACGGUGUUGCUAUCAGACAGUCAGACCAGCAAGCUCCGCGCAGACCUGUCCGUGGUUGAAGGCAACAUGACCGUGAUGAACGACAUGCUCACCGAGCUCACCUCGCAGCCGCACGCGCAGCAUCACGCCAGCGACAUCGAUCUGUUGAACGAAUUAGCAGACACAUUGAAGGCGAUGCAGAGCCGCGUGGCGGAGCUAGUGGGCCGCGUGUCCGGAGACAGUCCCCUGUGCGCGGAGCUGCUGCAUACCAACGACCGGCUCAACAACCUGCUGCUGAGACACACGCGGUUCAUCAACAACAGAAAUGCGGCGACUGGCGCAACACCCUCCGCCAUUUUGGGCGCUGCUAUGGGAGUCCCCGGCACUGGAUCACCAAAGAAAAAUGAUGACGAUGCUUUGAUUGAUCUCAGCGAUGAUGUACCAGAUAUUGCCAAACUGACCGUGAAGGAGGCCCCGGGCGAGAGCGCGGCGGGCGCGGCGCGGGACGAGUUCGACAUGUUCGCGCAGUCGCGGAACGUCACCUACGAGACCUCCAAAACCGGAGGCAGCAGCUACGCAGACAAUAUGGAAGACCAGUCGGCAGCCAGCCUAGCGACCGUCGCCAGCCAACGCGCUACGCAAGGACAGCCUCUGCCGUCGGGGAUGGACCAAAGGGAAAUCGAUGAGAUAGCCGCUUGGUUAGCCCAAGAGAAGGCCAACACGGAAGCGAACGGCGCCCAAGAGAGUGUGACCAGCAGCGAUUUCGAUAAAUUCCUCGCGGAGCGCGCCGCCGCCGCCGACAGCCUGCCCGACGCCAACAGUGCUGCCAAUAACAGCGCCGCCAACAGUGCUACCAACAGCACCACGCACACGCCACGCCACCGCCAAAUCAAAAAGGAAGACCAGGACUCCAUGUUUGCGCUCUGAUAUGCUUGAACACCAUCACGACGGAACGCUGCUUAAAAAUUUAAGGGGUAUGUUUACUGUUCUGUAUACACUAUUGAAUAUGAAAUUGUUUGAUGUUAAACGGAUAGAUGGUCAUUUAUAGCCGGCCAGAAUACACGUUUUCUGUAAUUGAAAUAUGCAAAUUCAACCGAUUCUAUCAGAGAAUACGACUUACCAAAACAAGAUUAUUCUUUCCGGUUGUUAUCGCGCCCGCUAUAGAAACGGCUGAAAGACUGACAUAAAUAAGGUCUAAACUGUACUACCAUGCGAUAUGGAAUAUCCAUGUUAUUACGUACGAGAGAGAACUUAAAUUUUAAGCAUCGAUCCUUUCAGGGAUACACAAACGCGAGUUUUAUCAUACUGCAAGACUAAAGUUAGAUUGUUGUUUUUGCAUCGAAAUACGGAUUUGUUCUGGAUCUGUUCACACGUCACAGUGAUUAUCUUACGGUACUGUAUGUUCACUAGUAUUCAAUAUACCGUUUGGUGCCUGGCUUAUAGUUGUUAUUGAAAUAUUUUAAGCUGACUAAUCAAUAGUAUCACCUAUUAAUCUGUAAGCGUCAAUAUCUCAAACUUCAAAUCCAUUUUAUGUUAACUUAUUCUGUAUAAAUGUAGUGUUAAAGGUGUUGACAUAUUUCGACUUAAAAUACUUCAAUGUAAGGUCCGUGUAUCAGCUUUAUACAAACUUCACUUGGCCACAUUGAACAUGUAACAUUCUCUAGGGUAAGGUUACACUACACUCACUGCUAAGUACGGGUGGAUCGGCGGAUAUAGUGCGUUUUAGUCGCAUUUUAUCUUAUGCCCCAAAUGUGAUUUAAAUCGCGUAAUAUACUGCACUUUAAGUAGCCACAAAAUUACUUUAUAGAUUUAGAAACGAAAUAGAUUUCACGAAGGUAUGGUUUGGUUGGUUUUAGUAUGUAAAAUUAGCAGGAUAAGUAACUUUCCAGUGGCGGCUCUAGGACGGUGCGAGGUGUGCCACCGCAAAUCAACCAAGACUGGUUCACCCUGGCCGCAAACUAAAACUUAAUCGGGUUAGAUUGUGGCCACAUAAUACUCAUACCGGGUGGCCGUAAACAACAUUCUUAAAAGAUUUAAACAGGUAAAUUUCUGUGAGGAGCUUGGUGGCGCAGCGGUAAAACGCGGUCUGCGAUUGUUGAAGUUAAGCAACUUUCGCCAAGGCCGGUCAUAGGAUGGGUGACCAAAAAAAAAGUUUUCAUCUCGAGCUCCUCCGUGCUUCGGAAGGCACGUUAAGCCGUUGGUCCCGGCUGCAUUAGCAGUCGUUAAUAACCAUCAGUCCGCACUGGGCCCGCGUGAUGGUUUAAGGACCGAUCUCCCUAUCCAUCCAUAGGGAAGGCCCGUGCCCCAGCAGUGGGGACGUUAAUGGGCUGAUGAUGAUGAAACUAAUCGAAAAAUUUCGUAUUUUAAGGGGCUGAGGGGGCCACUUUGAGGUCUCGAACCACCUAAAUAUUUUGCUAGGGCCGCCAUUGUAACUUUCCAUGUGAUGAAACAGCACGCAAUGAUCCCGAUACGCCCGUUUUUAGUAGUCGUAUUAUAUAAUGUAGAUUCUUUUAAUAUAUUCGCGUAGAGUUGACGUGAGUUGAGACCACGGGAGCAUUUAAUACAAGACCAUUGGUGUUAUUUGUAAUUCGGAAUUAACAUUUUAUAGUAUUGAAAGCGACGUCACACAGAUGUUUUUACGGGAAGGAUAUAUGAUCUAGAUACGGUAACACACUUGUUAAAAAAUAAUAAUUUGUAGUUUAGCUACUAAUUGGGUAGUUUCCUAGGUCAAAGAUAAGUUAUGAAAUUCUGGUUACUAAAUGAAGACGGAUCUAAAGUUGACAAUAUGUUUUCUUUUCUAUUUAACUUAUUUAUGAAUUUUAAUAAUGAAAAAUUAAAUAAUAAGUGCGGCUUUUUUUCACGGUUUUUUCUAUAACGUCCCAGGUUGGGUUUUCAUGUAAAUUACAUAGUUUCGUGUUUUGACGUCUGAUUGGACUAGUUGGAAACUACCCUCAUGUUUUAAUAUUUAAUAAUAAUAAUAUUUAUUUAUUUCAAAUAGCCUAAUACACAGGUAGCUAAAAAAUAAUUUUUACAAUGUGUGGCUGUUUCAAUUUUACACGCCUUUUUUUGGAGUUCUAUCAGUUAUCACUCUCGAGUUUCUGUAGAUAGAAACGCAAAAUAAGUUUUAGUUCAUCACAAAACAGCAAUUGAUCAAUUCAUAUACUGGGUGUUAGUGACAUCGUAACGAAUACUGAGGGGGUUGAUUCAGAUCAUGAUUCUGAGUUAAAAUCAAGUGGAAUUUUCCGUCGCAAAAUUCAUGUUUUUUUUUUAGUUUUUUUAAAUUAUUUUCAAUUCUAUACUUUUGCGAUGGAAAAUUCCACUUGAUAUUAACUCAGAAUAAUCAGAUGAAUCAUCCCUCUCAGUAUUCGUUACGAUGACACUUACACCCCGUACAAGUACAUACGGUAGCCAUAUAAGUAGGUAUGGGUGUUAGUGACACCGUAACGAAUACUGAGGGGGAUGGUUCAGACCAUGAUUCUGAGUUGAUAUCAAGUGGAAUUUCGUGUCAAAAAAUUCAUGUAAAUUUUUCUUUUCUUUUUAAUUAUUUUCCAAUCCAUACUUUUGCGACGGAAAUUUCUACUUGAUAUCAACUCAGAAUCAUGGCCUGAACCACUCCUCAAAGUUUUCGUUACGAUGUCACUAACACCCUGUAUAGUUUCGUUUUUAACAAAACGGGAGGAACUUGCUUGUCGUUAAGCUGAAUGUGUGACGUCGAGGUGUCAUUGUGAUAUAAGUAUUGUUUUAUAACAUUUGACCAUUUAUCUUGCGCAACACUUUACUGCGCAACUUUUAUUAGUUUUAACAUAUUUUAAGAUGAAUCGCUAUUUGUAUAUUGAUUUAAAUUUUUCUGUCAGACUGCCUUGUAUUUGUUGAUUUUUGAUGAGUUAAGUUUGUAAUUGAACGUGAAGUCGGAAAUUGUUCAAUAAUGAAAUGAGAAGGCCCGCCUAAUGUUUAUUGCGAUGUUGUAUUUGCUAAGUGAUCGUAAAAGGGUAACCAAGUAUUGAAGACACGAAAAUUUCCCCCAUAAUGUAGUAUUUAUCCAAUUCUUAUAUUUCCGUGAGAUUUUCUAGACCAAGUAAAAAAUUUCAAGGAGUGACCUAAAUAGGUGUUAUCUUUAGCAUUCCAAUGGCAUUCUGGAUAUUUUAUAUUUUUUACGAUGUAUUCCGAAACCUUCCUUACUCCGUGUCCUUUACUUUGGAACCACGUAGUCAUGGCAAUAUAAUGUACCCACUUUAGGACUCUGUCGCACUAACAUAUCUGACAUUUAGUUCAAUUUGUCAAAAAAGUUAAUGUGACAUGGUACCAAAGUGUAUACAUAUUAAUGUUCGUGACCGUACGUAGGGUUUGGUAAAAAGGUGUAGUAUGUAGUGGUCAUGAGAUGUUGUUUUUAGCUUUGCUUGGAAUAUUGGAACAGACAGAUCUACGUAAAAAACUAUGUAAUGGACAAACGACCUCGCGGUGAAAUAGCGCUGCGCACACGACCGGCGCGGGCGCUAGCGUCUAUUCCUUUUUGCCAAAUAAAAUGUAUUACUAACAGUCAUAUGUAUUAACAUAAAAGUUACCUGAAGUUAACCCCCUCAUGCCAAAGUGUCCCUGCAUAACAAGGGUCUGAGCGGAACCAUUCCACAUCGUCUCAAUUAAAUGUUCUUUUGGUACAUUGUGAUAAUAAUUUGAAAAGAACAAGCUUAAUGUUAAUUAUUUAAAAAGAGUUAUUUUAUGUUGUAAUCGUUGUAUUUAAGAUAAUAAAAUAAUUACUAUA